AUGGCUCCUCUACCUGUACUUGAACAUGAUUCCGCUCCUACUCUUCCUGCGGACAGUAGCGCGAAAGAGUGGGAAGAGAUCGAAGAGGAAAAUGAUAAUAUGCUGGUCAAAUUGCAAUGGGAACCUUCGAGGCAAGCCUUCUUCGACGACCUCCAAUGUCAAAUACCCAACAUCCGCCGCCUCAUUGCUCACCACCUAUCGUUGAGCCGGUCCCAACAGUGUGAGAUUUCAGACAUGUCUGAAUGGCGAUAUGGCAGUUUCAAUGCCUGCAUUCCAGUCAAUAUUUCCAAUUGGCGAGAACAGCGGCUUAUGUUGAGGUGCCCAUUUCCCUACAUGCAGGGCGGGCCAGAUGGGUUGGAUGAGAAGAUCCGUCUCAGCAAUCGACCAUUAACGAUUCAGCUUUCAUUACUAGAGAGCAGCGGCAUUCCUAUGAGUAUUCCGCGCGACCGAACUUAUGUCUCUACCGAUUCGUAUAUCCGCGACAUUCUAAAAUGUCACGACAUGAAACUGAGAUAUCAGCCCAAUGCUAUUCCCGAUGAGUCCGAAGCGGAGAGUCAGAUGGCGGUCCUUACUAUAAUGCGAGCUCUAUCGCCCAAUUUUACCAUGGAUCAUCUCCAGUCAGGACCUUUCUGUCAUAUUUGGACGGAUUGCCAUCCAAGUAACAUAUUAGUUAAUCAAAGAUACGACAUCACCUGUCUUUUCGACCUUGAAUGGAUACCCGUCUUGCCGAUUGAAACACUCUCCCCACCCUUUUGGCUGAGUGGGUAUCCAGUUGACGGACUUGGAGGGGAGAAAAGGAAACAUUAUGACACAAUGUGUGAAGAUUUUCUGGAUAUUUUCGGACAAGAAGACGACGACCAGUACUCGCCGCUUAAACCUAGAUUUUACACCAAAAUCAUGAAAGAUGCCCUCGAAAAAGCGACACACUGGUUUUGGGCUAGCUUGAACCAUCCCCGCGUGACAUACAACCUGUUCUUGGAGCACCUACAGCCUCAACUCGCGCCAACACACUCAGCGGGAGUCGAUUGUAUCCAGUUCCAUCGAAUUUUGGCUCCAUAUUGGACUCUGAAUGCAUCCGGAUUUAUCGAUGCUAAGAUUACGGACCACAAAAACUAUCUGGAAGAUUUGAGGACACAAUAUCUAACUCGGUUCGUUGGUUCGGAAUGA